UGCCGUUAAGUGAGUGCAUGUAAUUGCGCUAUAUUUUUGGGGCUUUUGAUAGUUCCAAAGUUUUCACUGCAAGUAGUAUUAUUUCUUAAAUCGAACGAAAAGUACGUAUGGCACACAUAUAACAGAAAAAGUAGUGAAAAAAAUGAAAUUAAUUCGUACGUACAGUUGUCUGCAUUUAUUGCUGCUAUUCGGUUACUUAAGUGCGGAAACUAAAAAUCUAUUUGAACCAAAACUCGAAAAUUCAUUACCAAUUUCGAAUUUAACGGAAAUAUAUACCACAAACGCGUCAACUACGAAAGUGAUCAAACCCAAAUCAUGCAGCACGAAUUCGUUGAGCGGCAUCACCACAUUACGUCCGAUCGUUGAACGCGUGUUUUCGCGUAAAAAACGUUUUCUACUCGCGCCUGCUAAAACGCGUCUAAAAUUUACCUUAGGACUUAGUAAAAAACUACUCGCUCGUUUUCCCAGUGGGUUCAAUUUCAAUAUGGAAUUGGCUGUAUACUACCCUAUGAUUACUAGUCGCCUCGAUCUAAUACCGAAACGUUUGCGUCCAAAGACUACACCGAAACCAAAGUCAAAGGGUCCCACCACACCACUCAUUAUACAAAUACCAGGUUCAUUGAUCAGGUACAAAGCCAAACCAGCCACAAAACCAUCAAAAGUACAACGUAUCGACGAAUCGGGUCAUCAUUUGCAGUGGGUAGAUGCGAAGCCAGUAGGACCGCCAACCUCAACCAUUUCGCAGUACUACACACAACCACAUAAGUGGCAGCAAUGGUCCAAGUAUGGUGCACCUGGUUAUGCGCAGCGUUAUGAGUGGACACCCGCAAAGCAAUGGCCUGACAAGCAGCCUGAUUGGCUGUCGCAGGACGCGAAAUGGAAUAAAUGGACAACUACGCCGUUGCCUUGGUCAUCAAAUAAGAAAUGGCAGCAAAAGGCUAGAAAGUGGCAGCAAUGGGAGCAACCCCCAGGUGCAGGUGAGACCUGGACCCAAGGUAGACGCUGGCAACGCGACACAGCGCUAGAAGAAAAUACCGAGGAGCAAAAUACGCUGGAAGAUGAUUCCUCUUCUGAAGCUGAUCUGAGUUCCGUUGACGUUUUAGAGGAGCUUGAGGAAAUUGAACCCUUAUACAUGCAUUUUCCUGAAUUAGAAGAUCAUCAUGAGUGGAAACAUUAUCACAACUAUCGUGAUCGCAGACAAAUAUUUCAUCAGCUGAACGGUUUGAGUAAUAUUCUUGGGAUAGACUUGAAGUCCUGUAUUAUGCGCGCAAUAUGUGAUUGUAAACGAUUUUUGUUACCACCAGGAUAUUCAUUGGUGCAGGAUAUACUCCGUGUGAUGUUUACUUUUCCAACAAAAACAGGUCUGGAGGACGAAUACAGCCGCAUUGUGCAAGCGGACUAUGAAACAUGCGACUACGAAUUAAAGAAUGCGUGUCCAUUUAAUGUGCUCUCUUGGCUAAUGGGACAGAAACAGGGCUAACCAUUUUGGUACUCAAGAAUA